GCAGAAUGAUACACCAUCUCCAGCUUGAGAAGAACUCCUUCAAUGGCCAAGCAAUUAGCUAAUAGCUUCACUCGCUCCCUUGUCCUCGUGCUCCUGAUUUCUCUGCUUUUAUCAUUUUCAGAAAUGCCGAUGGCAGAAGCGAAAGUGUGUCAGAAGAGGAGCAAGACGUGGUCCGGCGUCUGCUUGAAUACGGGCAACUGCAACAGGCAGUGCAGGAACUGGGAAGGUGCCAGGAGUGGAGCUUGCCACCGGCAGGGCUUCGGAUUCGCAUGCUUCUGCUACUUUAAGUGCUAAUGAUCAAGAGACGCCUAACUCAAUCAUCCCCUACUACUUACGUACGUGUUCUUGAAUAAGUCGUCCCCAGUUGUCGGCGAUGUUCACCAUCAGUAAUGUAAUAAUUUCCACUUUUCUGUUAUAAGUUGCUACAAUGCGUGUUCUUCUUAGAUAUAAAGACCUAAUGUAAUAAGCCUGCAGGCUUCCUAAUGCGUAUUCCGGCAUUUUCAUGUUAGAAAA